AUGAGUAGAAAAAGAACAGAAAACGACGGUGAUUCAGGACCAGUCACUCUUCAUAUUCCUAUUGAUCGAUUCGGGUUUCUUAAGCAAGAACAUGGCAAUUCGCCAGAGCGUUUUAGUAAGGCUAGAUCGACAUCAUCCACUGAUCAUGACAGAGAGGAGAGAAAGUUGAGAAAAUGGAGGAAGAUGAUUGGGGUUGGAGGUAGUGAUUGGAAGCAUUAUGUUAGAAGAAAACCUAAUGUUGUCAAAAGGCGUAUACGAAAAGGGAUCCCGGAUUGUUUAAGAGGUCUUGUUUGGCAGUUAAUCUCAGGAAGUCGGGACCUUUUGCUUAUGAAUCCUGGUGUUUAUGAGCAAUUGGUGAUUUAUGAAACAUCGGCAUCAGAACUUGAUAUCAUUCGAGACAUAUCCCGUACAUUCCCAUCACAUGUUUUCUUUCAGAAGAGACAUGGACCUGGACAAAGAUCGUUGUACAAUGUCCUUAAGGCAUACUCAGUUUAUGAUAGAGAUGUUGGAUAUGUUCAGGGGAUGGGUUUUAUAGCCGGUUUGUUGCUUCUUUAUAUGAGCGAAGAAGAUGCGUUCUGGUUAUUAGUUGCAUUACUCAAAGGAGCUGUUCAUGCUCCAAUGGAAGGGUUGUAUCAUGCAGGGCUUCCACUUGUACAGCAAUACCUGUUUCAGUUAGAAAGCUUGGUAAGAGAGCUAAUACCAAAGCUCGGAGAACAUUUCAGUCAAGAAAUGAUCAAUCCGAGUAUGUAUGCAAGUCAAUGGUUCAUCACCGUCUUCUCUUAUUCAUUUCCUUUCCCUUUGGCUCUACGGAUAUGGGAUGUGUUUCUCUCGGAGGGUGUUAAAAUUGUGUUCAAAGUCGGCUUAGCAUUGUUGAAUUAUUGCCAAGAUGAGCUGGUUAAGCUACCGUUUGAAAAACUCAUACAUGCUCUGAAAACUUUCCCUGAAGAUGCAAUGAAUCCGGAUAUCUUGCUUCCAUUGGCUUACUCCAUUAAGGUAUCAAAGCGUUUGGAAGAACUGAAACUGGAUUAUGAGAAGACUAUAACCAAACCGGUUCAACCGUAG